UGUGUUCAGAGGGUUAGAUCAGUCACCUCGAUGCAGAGCACAACCUCUCCAUCACCUCUCAGCAUGGGGGACGAAGAUUACGACUAUUAUAGCUAUGAGAAUGAGUCUAACGUUACUGACAAUGAGACCUAUAACAUUGGCAGUGGCUUUUCAGACCUACCCGGCUCCCACAUUUUCCUGCCCACCAUGUAUUACCUGAUAUUCUUCACUGGAUUCUGGGGCAACAUCUUUGUGAUCGUGGUGGUGGGGAGCAAAGGCAAAAGAGCAGGUCGCCUGGUGGACAUCUUCGUCUUGAACCUGGCCAUGGCUGACCUGGUCUUCGUCCUCACGCUGCCUCUGUGGGCCAUCUCUUCCAGCCAGACGAACGACUGGGACUUUGGGUUUGCCAGCGAGUUCCUGUGCAAGCUGAGCAGCUACAUCAUCUCUGUCAACCGCUUCUCCAACAUCUUUUUUCUCACCUGCAUGAGCAUUGACCGCUACCUGGCAAUAGUGAAGAUGAUGGAUUCCAGGUACCUCAGAAGUAGUAAGUGCAUUCGCAUCACUUGUGCUGCCCUCUGGAUCGUCUCUGGCAUCCUUGGCGUUCCCUCUCUGAUCUACCGAAAAGUGGCGCCAUCUCUAGGCGGUCAGUCCUGCCAGGAAGAGGACAACUUGGCGAUCCUGAUCGGCAUGAAUCUGGGCAUGGUGUUCCUCACGUUCAUCUUCCCGGUGCUCGUCAUCAUGGUUUGCUACGGAACCAUCAUCAUGCAUCUCAACAGGCACUGCGCCGCUGCUGGGAACGCCCGAGCCGAGGGUCGCCGCAGACACUCGCUGAAGAUGGUCCUCUGCAUCAUCGUGGCGUUCGUGGUGUCCUGGCUGCCUUACAACACCUUCAAGUCCAUCAAAAUAAUUCUCUAUCUCUCAGAAGGCGAUCUAAGAAAUAAAGCAUGGCUGCACAACGGGUUCCUCAUCUCCUGCUGCCUGGCUUUUCUCAACAGCUGCGUGAACCCGGCCAUCUACUUCUUCUUGGACCACCACUUCAGGCGACGGGCGAAGUUCCUGUUCCAGAGCUGCGUCGGGAAGACAAAGAUGCUGCAGAGCUUCAACUCCUCUGCUUCUAUCACCAACCCCGGCACUUCUGAAACCUAUGCGACAAAUGGUGGGCGAACGCAGAUUCAGAUGUCCCUGCAGGAGGAGAACAAGUCAUUCAUUACCUUCUGAAAGUCCAGAAGAGAGCCCUGAUGUAUUACGGCAGAACAUUAAAUAACUCAUCUUAUUUUUUGUUUGUUUCUGAAAUAUUUGUUUUAUGUUUAAUUGUACAAUGGUUUUUUUCUUUUCUUUUGACUCACUCAUCUAAGAAAAUGCCGUUGAUACUGUUUAUACUGGAUGGCAGUACAUAACUUGACUGUUUAUUUUUUGCAUGUUGCAUUAUUAUUUUAGUAUUAAUCUAACAAUAGUUCCUAAACAUAACAUUAGCUUUGAAUUAUUAGCAUUUUUAUGUUUUUUGUAAAACUUUCAAGUUUUGUACUUUUCUGAUUCAUCUUUUGUUGUAAAACUGCGAGGAUUUUUGUAAAGUUUUUUUUUUAUUGCGGGAAAUAAAUGUGUAAGAAAAAAAAAACAGUUUUUUACAAUUAGCUGCAAGUUUUUCCAGAUAAACACUUUUUAUUAAAUUGCUGUGAAACUGACAAAGCUCCAGUAAUCCAUAGUUUACAUAUGUUAACUACAUUUAAUGAGUGGUUUGAUUUGUAUUGUUUUUUAAUAAAAUCUAAUUUUGUUAUACAUAUUUUUAUUGCUGCAGUGCUGCUCACCCACUUCUUAUGCUUAAACAAAUCUAUCCA